AUGAUCGUCGUCAACAUUCCCGUGGACGGCAACGUCUCGCUCCCGCCAGAGCCUCGUCCACGAAUGUCCUUGGACAACACAGCGGUGGAAUCGUCAUCCUCUUCCUCGUCCGGAUCCAGCACGCCUUUGUCUGGUCAAGGAUCUUCGCGUCGACUUUCACGCCGUGUACAGAGUAUGGCUGUUGCCAAUCUCUUGCGCGACGAUACACCAAAGCCUAGCAGCACCAACUCGCCACAGACCACCGCGAGUGCCGGCUCUACUUCCGACCUCAAAGCGCUCAAGUAUGACUUGCCCAGCGAUAUUGCCGUGCCACCCUUUGCUCAGCCGUCCAAAGAUGUAGAUCGUGACCUGGCUCGCCUCUAUGAAGCCGUGUCCGGUGCACGCCGCAUCGCUGUCAUCUGCGGCGCAGGGAUCUCGGUCUCUUCGCCAGCAAACAUCCCCGACUUCCGAUCAGCACACGGUCUAUUCAAGAAGCUCAAGGAGAAGCAUCCUACCGCAGGGCUCUCUUCUGGCAAAGACCUCUUCGACGCUCGUCUGUUCAGCUCCGAGUCCACGUCCGCUCUCUUCUACUCAAUGGUAGCCGAGCUCAAGAGGCUCGCCGACGAAGCAGAACCCACCAUCUUUCAUCGCUUCCUUAAGCGUCUCGAUGACGAGGGUCGGCUCCAGCGUGUCUACACCCAAAACAUCGAUGGCCUCGAGGAGAAAGCCGGCCUCACCUUUGGGCUCGGCGAAGCUGGCGACUCCACCACCACAGUCCGCGCAUUGGGAAAGCGCAAGAGGCUCGGGACUUCCGCCUUCUCGCGCUCCAAGUCCGAUUCGCAUCUCAUCUUCGCUCAAAAGGAGCAGGAGCGAGAGGAGCAAAAGGAGCUCGCGCGACGACCCAUGUUUCCUCGAACCAUUCCGCUCCAUGGAACCCUCCAGACGCUCACUUGCGCUCUGUGCAAUCACAAGCUCAUGCUUGGCAACACGGUCCACCACAGAGCCGACUAUCGAGACAUGUCACCUUCCUCGCGCGAAGGAUCUGCCUCUUUGGGCCACGAGGAAAGCAAGCACGCCAUCGAGCUGCUUCAGAAUGGCGAGGCUGUCCCUUGCCCGCGGUGCGAGACUGCCGACGAAGUGCGUACCUCCAACGGCAUGCGGUCGCGAGGUGUGGGCAGGAUGAAGGUCGACAUUGUCCUCUAUGGGGGCCAGAACGAAGGCGCGGAGCGCGUCGGUCAAUGUCUUCAACGCGACAUUCUCGGCCUCAGGGACCCCAACGAGCCACCUGUACCUGAGUCGGCCGCCGAGACGCGCGCUCGCGAGCGCAAAGAGGCGAAGGAAGCGGCCAAGCUUCAGCUUGAAAUGCAUCAGCGAAAGGAGCUGGCAUUGGUCAAAGACGAGGAAGAUCGGGCCAACGCAGACAUGAGUGCCGACUCGGAGGGUGCGGUCGAUUCUCAGCUUGGGGCCUUCCUAUCUACUACAGACUCGAAGGAUGACAUCCUGUCGCGCGCCUUUGCUGAGGAAGGUGACGACGCCGGUCCAUCGAUUCUGUCUUCUCAGCCUGCUACAGCUGCAGGCAGAAGCAUCAGCAACAGCAUCGCAGAGCCCGUCAUGUCACCAAAGAAGAAAGCAACACGACCUCCCAGGCUGAAACCGCUGCCUCCGGAUCUUCUCAUCGUCGCCGGCACCAGUCUCAAAGUACCAGGCACCAAACGGAUCGUCCGGGAGUUUGCCAAGGCCUGUCAUGCCCAGGACGAGUGGCUCAUCUACUCGUCAGAGGACGAAGACGAGAGCAGCACUGCCGAAGACGGCGCUGACAAGAAGCGAGCCAAGGACUCGAAAGCAGCACGCGACAAGCUCGGAAAGAUCGGUCGCAGCGGCUCUGCCGAUCCUCAAGACGAAGAAAACGAGGACGAGGAGCCCGAAAUUCACGAUCCCACCUGCCCCAUCCGCACCAUCUUGUUCAACUACGACUUUCCCAACCCGGCUCGCGAGUGGGAAGACGUCUUUGACGUGUGGAUCCAGGGCGAUCUUCAACGUGCAGCACUCUCGCUCUUCCCCACCAAGAAGGUCGACGACGCAGCUCCCGCGGAAGCAAGGGCCAUCGAGCAGAUCGUCGGCAGCCACACGUGGGCCAAGUUCAGAGACUAUCUGGAGGAGCAGCGCAAGCUCGCAAAGAGGGAAAAGAAGAAGGCCGCCGUAGCUGUGACCACGGUCAACUUGGGCUCGAGGAAGGGCAAGCUGGGAAGGACCGUGUCGGCUGCAGCCAAGAUGGAACGGGCCGGGUCGGCAUCUGACCAAGGUUCGACAACGGGCCUUGUUGCAAGUUCGCAGACGGAGUCUUGGAAGGCAGCGGCGAAAGCGAAGGCGGCCAAGGCUCGAAGCAGGUCCGAGUCGCCGGUGAAGAAGCGCCCCGCCACCAUCAAAGACGAAGGCGCUCUAGAUGGCCCGAAGCGCAACGCACUUGUCGCCAAGGGCACCGGUUUGAAACGCAGCAACAGCAAGUCCAAAAACCCGUUCCUCUCCGGGUCCACCGUCUCCGUCGAUAUUCCGACCAUCACGGAGGAGGACGAGGAGAGACCCGGAAGGCCGCAGGGAAAAGCAAGUGACGGUGGCACCCCACGCAAGAGGAAGACGGAGCAGCCGCCAUCGUCCCGAAGCAUGGCUGCUCCUCCGACCAAACGUGGCUUGUCGCGCAGCAUCACCUUGCCCGAAACGCAGCCGAUGGUCCUGGUGGAGAACGCGCUCGUUCAGAACCGAAGCAAGACGGAGCGAAGUGUCGAAAGGAUCGGAUCGGCGGUGAAGCCCUCGCACGUCUAUGGCAAGAGCAGGCAGAGGGGCAGCUCGAUGAGUGGGGCGGCGAUCAAGGCGGUCCCAACAGCGAGGAGAGCAAGCUGGACGAGAACACCUAGCGAGUCCGCAGCAUGGAGCUGA